AUGGCAGAAGUUCUUGCUAAGUCACCAGAUGAAUUGCUCCUGGAGGGCAGAUUCGCCAAAUUUGUCCUCGGCAGCCAGGAAGACGAAGGAACUCUCUUCUCCCACUCCCAAUCCAACAUUAUCAUGACUGCCCAGCUAGCUAUAUAUACAUCAAGUCGAAUUUCUUCCCCAGCGCAAACAACGCGCACAUCGCAGAACUAA